AUGUCUACCUCUCUUCUGCGAUUGAGGCCUGUUGCUGCCCGGAACGCUGCUCUGCGUCUCCGCCCCUCCACCCAGAUUCGCACAAAGACCACGACCAAUGUCACGGUCCCAUUCCAGCUUCCGCCGGAGCGCAAUGAACCUAACCCGGACUACGAGAAGGGCUCUCCCGAACGCGCUGAGAUUGAGAAGGCCCUGAAGGAGCUCCAGGCUCAGAUUCCGGUCAAGUCCAAUGUCUUUAUCAACGGUGUCGCACAGCAGUCGAGCAAGUCAUGGGACCAGGUCCUGCCCGCAGACCACAAGACCGUCUUCACCAACAAUCCCUUGACUUCCAAGGAGCAAGUCAAGGCGGCCAUCGACGCCGCGCUCAAGGCGAAGAAGUCAUGGCAAGACACUCCCUUCGUGGACCGUGCCGCCAUCUUCAUCAAGGCUGCAGAGCUUAUCACCAAGAAGUACCGCUACAAGAUUAUCGCCGCCACCAUGCUCGGCCAGGGUAAGAACAUUUGGCAAGGUGAGGUCGAUGCCGCCGCUGAGCUGGCUGACUUCUUCCGUCUCAACACCAACUACGCCGCCGAGCUUCUUGCAAGGCAGCCCAACCGCACUUCCGACGGCAUGUGGUCUCGCAUGGAUUACCGACCGCUGGAAGGCUUCGUCUACGCUGUUUCGCCCUUCAACUUCACUGCCAUUGGUGGUAACCUGAUCUCCGGACCUGCCAUCAUGGGUAACGUCGUGCUCUGGAAGCCUUCGCCCUCCAACGUCUACGCUAGUCAGAUCCUGUACGAAAUCCUCCUCGAGGCUGGUCUUCCUCCGGAUGUCAUCCAGUUCAUCCCCGGUGACCCAGUGGAGAUCAACGACGUGAUCCUGAACCACCGCGAAUUUGCUGGUCUCGGCUUCGUCGGCUCUUCAGAUGUCUUCCGCCAGCUCCAGGCCAAGGUUGGUCAGGAAAUUGGCAAACACACCUACCGCGAAUUCCCCCGUCUCGUGGGUGAGACCUCCGGCAAGAACUUCACUCUCAUUCACCCGUCUGCCGACAUCCCCUCUGCCGUCAAACACACCGUCCGCGGCUCCUUCGAGUACCAGGGCCAGAAGUGCUCUGCCACAUCCCGCCUCUACCUCCCUGAAUCCCGAUCCAAGGAGUUCCUCGACGCUUUCCUCGCUGAUGUGAAGACCAUCACCCAGGGCAACCCGCAUAAGGAUCUCGCCGCCUUCAUGGGCCCCGUUAUCCACCGUGGUUCCUUCGAGAAGAUCAAGGCCGUCAUUGACGAGAGCAACAAGGACUCCUCGCUCAAGCUUGUCGCCGGUGGAACGUACGACGAUUCGGAAGGCUUCUACGUCAAGCCCACCGUCUACCUCGCUGACUCGCCCGACCACAAGCUCUUCAACUACGAGAUCUUCGGUCCCGUCCUCGCCAUCCACGUCUAUCCCGACGCGCAGUGGCCUUCCAUUCUCGAGAAGGUUGACCAGGCUGGCGGUGGCUUCGCGCUUACUGGUGCCAUCUUCGCCAACUCGCGCGCUGCCCUUCGUGAGGCCGAGGAUACGCUCCGCUAUUCGGCAGGAAACUUAUACCUCAACUGCAAGACGACCGCCGCACUCAUCGGCCAGCAGAGCUUCGGUGGCAGCAGGGCGUCCGGCACUAACGACAAGGCGGGCAGCCCCAACACGCUCCUCCGCUUCACGACUCCCCGCCUCAUCAAGGAGGAGUUCUUCCCCCAGACCGAGUUCUGGUACCCGUCCAACAGAUAA